AUGGGGUGGUUGCACGCCAUGCAAGCAGUUGCGUCUACCUUCCAUCAAGUUAUGCGCUUUCCGGCACCCACCGGGCAAAUUGAAGAGGUUUGGGGAGACCAGGUGAUGGCAAAACAAUGUUUCAUUGCGGUAAAUGGCAGCCGAGCAGCCAAAGGGUUUGUCCAGAUGAUUGAGGGGCCCAAGGGGAAGGAGGUCCUUGAAGACGUAGGAAGGAAGGCCGAGGAAAAAUCGGUAGAGGAUUUGGUUGAAGUGCGCAUCGACGAGGACGACCCGACUAAGUUCUUCCUCUUGGGAUCAUCUUUGUCAAGCGCCGAGCGGUUAGAUUACGUCAAAUUCUUGACUUCUAAUUUGGAGGCCUUUGCGUGGACACCUUACGAUAUGCCUGGCGUUGACCCAAGCUUCAUUUGCCAUCAGUUGAAUGUCUACCCUGAUGCACGGCCCGUCAUCCAAAGGACACGCCGCUCUGCCUUGCACCAUGCUGAGGUGGUAGCGGAAGAAGUGAAGAACCUGUUGGAAGCUGGGGCCAUAGAAGAAGUGCAAUACCCUCGAUGGAUAUCCAACACGGUGGUAGUUCCAAAGAAGAACGGCAAGUGGCGGGUCUACGUUGACUACAAGACUAUAGCCAUGUAUAAACCGGACCGAGAGAUCACAUCGUUCACCACUUUCAAAGGCAUGUAUUGCUAUAAAGUCAUGCCGUUCGGGCUGAAAAACGCCGGAGCAACUUUUCAACGGAUGGUGAUAAAGAUGUUCGCCCCAAUGCUGGGCCGCACCAUAGAGGCCUACAUCGACGAUAUGGUGGUGAAAAGUAAGGAGAAAGCUCAGCACCUCUCCGACCUAGCAGAGAUGUUUGCUAUACUUAAACGCCACAAGCUUCGUUUGAAUGCUUCCAAAUGUGUCUUCGGAGUCGGCACCGGGAAGUUUUUGGGUUUUCUGGUCACAAAUCGAGGGAUUAAAGCUGACCUAUCACAGAUCAAGGCUUUACAAGACCUGGAGCGUCCUAACUCCACAAAGGACAUGCAACAUCUUGCCGGGAUGGCAGCCGCGUUGAACAGAUUUAUCGGCCGGUCUUCGGAUCGUUACAGGCCCUUCAUUAAAACUUUGAAGUCCAAGUUCUUUUGGGAUGACGAGUGCGACCGCGCACUAGCAGACCGGAAAGCAUAUCUCUCCUCAGCCCCUAUUUUGGUCACACCUCAGCCGGGCGAAGAGUUGUACCUCUACUUGCCUGUCUCUCAACACGCGAUCAGCGCAGUAUUGGUCCGUGCUGAAGUAUGCCCGAUUGAUUUGGUUAGUGCGGAUUUAGCACAACCCAUGGUUCUGGCAACAGAAACAAGUGUUAGUUCGCAAGUAGGAAAAGGGAUGAGCACGACCGAACUAACAAAGUCCGGCGAUGAUGAACCCAACCAAGACAAGGAAAGGGACCAGAAUGAACCGAUCAGAGACUUGGAAUUGAGAAGCUCCCAGAACCCCUCUGAUUGCUGGAAGCUGUUUAUUGGCGAGAUGUGGAAGCUCUUCGUUGAUGGGGCAUCCAACAGACAUGGGGCCGGGCUGGGCAUCGUGCUGAACUCACUGAACGGGCUGAUCAUCAAGCAGGCAAUUACACUCGGCUUCCCAGCAUCCAACAACGAGGCUGAGUAUGAAGCUCUCCUUGCCAAACUAAGAAGCGCUCUAAGAAUGAAAGCCACAGCCGUUAUGGUAUUCAGUGAUUCCAAGUUGGUGGUCAAUCAGGUCUCAGGGGAGUAUGAGGCAAAGGACGAAAGAAUGGCCAAGUAUCAGGCGCUGGUACGCGCAGAGAGCAAGAAGUUCGCUGCAAUAAGGAUGGAACAAAUCGACCGCGAGGAAAACAACGCGGCUGAUGAAUUGGCCGGACUUGCUUCUGCUCAGACAGCUUUUCCUAACCCCUUGAUGAUAGAAUUUUUACCCUGGCCAAGCAUUGAGGAACCAGAAUUAGCCGAGGUACUCUACACCGAUUUGGGUCCUUCCUGGAUGGAUCCCAUCGUCGCCUUCCUGAGAGAUAGAGUCUUGCCGGAAGAAAAGAAGACGGCCAACAAGGUCCGAGCCAAGUCAGAGCGGUUUUGGCUCUCCCCUUCCGGAGCCUUGUACAAGAAGUUUUUCGCCGGGCCGUACCUGAAGUGUGUUCACCCCUCUAAGGUGGAGGCCUUCCUCUAUAAGAUCCAUGAAGGCAUCUGCGGCAACCAUACUGGGGGCAGAUCUUUGGCCUACCGAGCGAUUUCUCAGGGCUACUGGUGGCCAUGCAUGCAGGCGAACGCACAGAAGUACGUUCGCCGGUGUGAAAAAUGUCAGAAGUUCGCUCAUCAGAUCCAUCAGCCAGCAAGAGAGCUGCUCCCCCUUUCCAGUCCUUGGCCGUUCGCACUCUGGGGAUUGGACAUAGUAGGGCCACUCCCAGCGACCCCGGACAAUCGCAAGUUCUUUAUCGCCGCCACUGACUACUUCACGAAAUGGGUUGAGGUCGAGCCAUUGGCGACCAUAAAGGAAAAGGAACGCGCAGAAGUACGUUCGCCGGUGUGA